AUGGCGUCAUCCAGUAAACUUCCUGGAACUGGGUUGGAAGAUGUCGGAGUGCCAGGACAAACGUUUCUUCGAGACGCUCUCACAAGUUGCACGGACCCUUUGAAAGCUAUUGAAGAAUUUCAAUUGGAGAAUGGAAUUUUAUUACCAUCCUUACGGCCUAUGCUUCCUCUACUAGAUCUUCACGGUGUUCGGAGGCUAGACUUUCAUACAUCAGUACUGGAAGAAUUAAGAGACAAACUUAUAGCUCACAUUAAUGAAAUGGGCGGCAAAGAUAGGUUAAAGGAACACGAAAAGAAACUGAAAGAAUUGUUGAAUAAAAGCUUUCCUGUCGUGAAAGUUAAAGCUUUACGGCCAGUUAUAAUGAGUAUUUUAAAAAAUACUCCACAUAUAGAUGAUAAAUAUUUACGAGUCUUGGUUAGAGACAGAGACCUUUACAAUGACACAGACACUGAAGUUAAAAGACAGAUUUGGCAAGACAAUCAAUCUUUGUUUGGUGAUGAAGUAUCUCCAUUACUGAGUCAGUAUAUAAGAGAAAAGGAAAAUAUACUAUUUGAUUAUGAGAAUCUUGGAAACUUAUUUUUCUCACCCUCACCGAAAGUGAGGCGGCAAGGAGCUGUUGUGCAAAAACUAGCACAUAUGGUUGGAACUAGUAUAAAACUAUAUGACAUGGUUUUACAGUUUCUUCGCACUCUAUUUCUAAGAACAAGAAAUGUCCAUUACUGUACAUUGAGAGCAGAACUCUUAAUGGCGCUUCAUGAUGUGGAAGUCCAUGAAAUUAUAUCCGUAGAUCCCUGCCAUAAAUUCACUUGGUGUUUGGAUGCAUGCAUUAGAGAAAGAAAUGUUGAUAUUAAAAGAUCUAGAGAAUUACAAGGAUUUCUUGACAAUGUUAAGAAGGGCCAUGAACAAGUAUUGGGAGAUUUAUCCAUGACUCUAUGCGAUCCAUAUGCUGUCAACUUUCUAGCUACAUCUGCAAUAAAAAUCUUGCAACAUUUGAUCAACACCGAAGGCCUACCAAGAGACAACACAAUAUUGAUUCUGUUAUUAAGAAUGUUAGCAUUGGGCUUAAGCGCCUGGGAAAUAAUUGAUACCCAAAACUUUAAGGAGCCUAAACUUGAUAGUCAAGUUGUUACGAAAUAUCUACCGGCGAUGAUGUCUCUUAUGGUAGACGACCAAGUGAGAGCAUUACAUAAUAAACUACCACCAGAUGAGAGAGAAUCUGCUAUAACGACCAUAGAACAUUCCGGACCACCACCCGAUGCUUGUGAGGCCUACAUGAGGGAAAGUUCAGUAUGUGGUGUACUUGCAAUGUAUUACACACUCCACGCAGCCAAAUCCCGAGAUAGAAUAGCUAUAUUGAGAAUAUUAAGCAUACUUGGAAGCUGCAAAGAUGGUAGAGCAUAUGAAGAUCCAUUUUUACAUGCGCUUGUGGCUCUUUUAAUACAAUUACCGGACGAAUUCCAAGGUGAAGAUUUCAGUACCGUUCUGUUUGAUGAGUUCUUCUUCGCUGGACUCUCGAAAGACAAUGUCACAAGACAUUUAUUGAAACUGCUAUGGUAUAUACAUCCGAAAUUGCCGGAAACCAGAAUACAUACAUUAAUGAAAGCUCUGCAGCCUGGGACACAGCACAAUGAGUCUGUGCAUAAAAUGUAUGAAGCAAUGCAACAGAAAAUGAAUGCACAAGCCGAACCUGUGCCCACAACUAGCGAAAUGGAAUAUCUCGACUCACCUUUAAUGAGUGUUCCUACACCCGCGCCUUAUCACAUGUAG